AUGGGUCUGCCUCUUUUCGUCGCACCCGUCGAGUCAGAUGUGCACCCAAAACCCCCUGCAAAGGCGAGAAGGUCAGCUUCGCCGCCACGCUCGGCCAUCAGGCGUGCCCCGUACGUCAAUGUUCGGGAUCGCGCUGCGCUGAGUCGACGAUCCAGAUUGCUCGAGAUGCAGGAGCGCAGCAGACGUCCCAUUUCACGCACCCUUGAGACGGCUCUUACUACAGAUACGACCUCGUCUGGCAUCGCGGCGGCGGCCGAGUAUAUUCGCAAUGGUUUCGUGACAUCCGACGAUCUGGCUCGCCCCGACAUGACUGAACGGGAGCGAUGGCUAGAGGAACGGGAGGCGCGACGGGUAGCUGGACUCGAAGCACUCCAGCGCAAUCGUGAGCAGCGCAAUCGCGAGGAGGGCAAUCGCGAGGAGGACAAUAAUACUCACCAAGAUUCACGCACGCAAUGGUGGAUGGUCCACCCCCAUGCUCAAAGUCGCAGGGAAAAUGUCAUAAUGCUCGGCAUGGAGAGAAUGCGAUCCCGUAGGCGGAGCCGCAGCCCCCAAGUUGAGCGGACCUCAGCCCUGGGGCGAUUAACGCGUAGGGCAGGUAUUACUCUUCCAUCUGCCCGGGAACUGGCUGCGUCAACGCGACGGAGGCCGACUGACGAUGUAAAUGGACUUGGUGACCGUAACCGCAGUAUCAGCCCAGAAGGUUGGGAUACCCUCCUAUCGACGUUGACACCUGAUCCUCAGCCACCAAGUGCCAAUUCUUCUUUUGUGUCCAACGCUGCUUCCCAGAACCCAAGCACUUCCUUCACCAGUACAUCUGGGCAAACUUUGCGACUUGGCACUGCGCCUGAGCCGCCAUGCGAGUCGGGAUGUGAGAACUCUGACACAGAGGAUGGAGAAGCGCCUCCUCGCCGCCGUCACCAUGUUUCUAGACCAGGCUUCCGUCCUGCCCACCCCGUACGGUUUGAUGUCCCAGGUUUGGAUUAUCCCUUAACGGGGGAUGAUUUCGCCACUCGGGGGCAACCGACUCAACCUGACUCCUUGACUCCACGCGAAGGACGAUCUCUUCGAUCAGACAAUGGGUCUAUCAAUGUAUACAUGGCUCGUCCGACACUUCUCGGAAGUCAACGCGACGGGUGGGUAGGUUCGUUAUCUGUCGGUGCGACAGAAGACAGUUCUGGAUCUGAACCCCCUCGACCGACCGGCGAGGGGUCAUUCAUGUCGACUGGCAGCACAACCUCUGCAGACGAGGACCUGGUAAGCCUGCAGCGAAUCGUCCGAAGAUUGGCUUCUCGUGAUGAUAUUCCGGAAGAAUGGUGGACCGAAACAGGCUUGUCGAGAACUCUGACAAGAGAUCGGCCAUGA